CGUAUUGCACAGAAGGCCAAAACUGAUUGGUACUAGUUAUAAAACUUUAAGAAUUCCGGAGCUCCGACAGUUCUAGAAUAGUUUCGUUUACUCAGAUUGGAAUUUUAAGUUUCCCAGAUUGUGGACCUAUCAUCACAAGUCAAGCCGUUGAGACGAUCGUGGGACGUUUCUGGAGCAUCCGUGUUUGCAGCUGUUUAUUCAUCGCAAUAGACGAGAUAUUUUUUGGGCUGCUCAUCCAUUCGUGCUGUGCCUAGUCAGAACAUGUUUCCGGCUUCAAGCAUGGAGCAUUUCAGUGCUCAUCCGCCCCCAGAUCCCAAAUAUUCGGCCAGGUUCCGCCGACGAUACACCGGAGCCAACUACCAUCAGCCGGACCCCGGUACACAAGGCCUGGAAGUUCUUACUGCGACGGGAGAAAGCGUGAUUUCAUUAGAAGGCGGUCACUACCUGACGCGUGGAGAACGGUUCGCACGGCGUAUUGGCCAAUAUUACGCGCGAGGAGAUUUCGGGCAGAGGAAAACGUUGGCCACGUCCACGCAGACGUGGAAAUUACCACCUGUUCCAGCUGCAAAGAUUCCGCAAGCAGUGUCAUUCUAUGUCAACGUUGCUGGACUCCACGUCGCUGUUAAGAAGUACUUGUACAUUCCUGCAGAUCUUGUGCGACGGUUUCCAUCUAUUGGGAGCUCCCAGGAAAUCGUAGGACGCGGGGUUGAGAAACGUAUUUAUCUGAGUCAUUACCAGAUAAUUCGUCUGUUGAAAGCUAUUUCAAAGGUGAACCUACCGACGACCAUCGCUUUGCCUGCGGCGUUUACUCCCAAUGGAUGUAUUCCAAGUGGAACGCAGACCAGGCUGUUGUGUUUAUUGAGCUUAUUUUCGACGCGGGAGCUCCCGAUGCGCUCAUCUUAG